CGCUGACCCCGAGCGGUCGGGCUGUGGGUUCCCUCCCCCCCCCUCCCCCCUUCUCAGCCCCCCCCUCCCGGCGCUUUGCUCACACGCUGGGUGAGCCCCGACGUGACGCGGCGGAUGGGAGCAUCCAUCUUUGUGGGGCUGCGCCGCUCUGUGCUCCGCUUCCUCUUCCGACAGCCGCCCCCCCCCACAACCGCUGCUCUGCCCCCCCCCUCACCACUGCUGGGGGGGGCGGUGGAGGCGCUCGGGGUCCCCUCGGAAGCACCGUUUCCCACCCGAGGGAGGGCCGUGGGCGGCACGGAGCUGCCGUGGGGAAGGGGGGGAUGGAAGUGGAAGGAGGGCAGACGGAGGUUGAAGCUCUUCCCUAUGAGAGCGGAUGGACAGGAUGACAGAGGAUGCUCUGCGCCUCAACCUCCUGAAGCGGAGCUUGGACCAGGCAGACGAGCGGGACGACGUGCUGGCCAAGAGGCUGAAGAUGGAGGGCCACGAGGCCAUGGAGCGGCUGAAGAUGCUGGCGCUGCUGAAGAGGAAGGACCUGUCGGGCAUCGAGGUGCCCCACGAGCUGCCGGUGAAACAGGAUGGGGUGAAAGUGUACGAGGAAAAGCUGAAUGGGAGCCUGAGGCCCCAUGGGGAUGGCAGGACUGCAGGGAGGCCGGGCAAGGAGAACAUUAACGACGAGCCGGUGGAUAUGAGCGCCAGGAGGAGUGACCAGGACCGGGGCCGGCUCACCCCCUCCCCAGACAUUAUCGUCCUCUCCGACAACGAGGCCUCCAGCCCCCGCUCCAGCUCUCGCAUGGAAGAAAGGCUGAAGGCGGCCAACCUGGAGAUGUUCAAGGGGAAGAGCAUAGAGGAGCGGCAGCAGCUCAUCAAGCAGCUCCGGGACGAGCUGCGGCUGGAGGAGGCCAGGCUGGUGCUGCUGAAGAAGCUGAGGCAGAGCCAGCUGCAGAAGGAGAACGUGGUACAGAAGACUCCGGUUGUCCAGAAUGCAGCGUCUAUCGUCCAGCCAUCUCCUGCUCACGUGGGACAGCAGGGACUGUCCAAGCUGCCCUCCAGGCCUGGAGCUCAGGGGGUCGAGCCUCAGAACUUAAGGACAUUACAGGGUCACAGUGUCAUUAGGUCUGCCACGAACACGACCCUGCCCCAUAUGCUUAUGUCUCAGCGUGUGAUUGCUCCAAACCCUGCCCAGCUGCAGGGGCAGCGCGUUCCUCCUAAGCCUGGCCUCAUCCGCACUACAACUCCAAGCAUGAAUCCAGCCAUCAACUACCAGCCGCAAUCAAGUUCUUCUGUUCCUUGCCAGCGUACGUCGUCUUCAGCCAUCUACAUGAACCUUGCCUCUCACAUCCAGCCUGGCACCGUCAACCGGGUUUCCUCCCCGCUCCCCAGCCCCAGCGCGCUGAGCGACGCCGCCAACUCGCAGGCAGCCGCCAAGCUGGCCCUGCGCAAACAGCUGGAGAAAACCCUGCUGGAGAUCCCACCCCCCAAACCGCCCGCGCCGCUGCUGCACUUCCUGCCCAGCGCAGCCAACAGCGAGUUCAUCUACAUGGUGGGGCUGGAGGAGGUGGUGCAGAGCGUCAUCGACAGCCAAGGGAAGAGCUGCGCGUCCUUCCUGCGCGUGGAGCCCUUCGUCUGCGCUCAGUGCCGCACCGACUUCACCCCGCAUUGGAAGCAGGAGAAGAACGGGAAGAUCCUCUGCGAGCAGUGCAUGACGUCCAACCAGAAGAAGGCGCUGAAGGCCGAGCACACCAACAGGCUGAAGAACGCCUUCGUCAAAGCUUUGCAGCAGGAGCAGGAGAUCGAGCAGAGGUUGCAGCAGCAGGCAGCCCUGUCCCCCACCGCGGCUCCGGCCGUCUCCAGCGUCGGCAAACAGGAGAACAUCAUGAGGCACCACACGCUCCGGCAGGCUCCGCAGCCCCAGAGCUCUCUGCAGCGCGGCAUCCCCACCUCAGCCCGCUCCAUGCUCUCCAACUUCGCGCAGGCGCCGCAGCUCUCGGUGGCGGGGGGGCUGCUCGGCAUGCCAGGCGUUAACAUCGCGUAUCUGAACGCCGGCAUCGGGGGGCACAAAGCGUCCAGCCUGGCGGACCGGCAGCGCGAGUACCUCCUGGACAUGAUCCCCCCCCGCUCCAUAUCGCAGUCCAUCAGCGGACAGAAAUAGCGCCUGCUGCGCCCCCCCCCCUCCCUUUCCCCCCCCCCUUUCCCCCCCCAACCACACAGGGGUGGAUAAAAGACAAACCCAUCCCCCCCCCAUCCCCCCCCCGGCUCCGUAGCGCUGCGCGGGUCGCUCCCUUUUUGAGCCCCCCCGGCGCUCUCUGUGCUAUCAUCGCUUUCGGUUGAAGCUCUGUUUGGUUUUUUUUAAUGACAAAGCAUAGAAUUUUUAAUUGCAUUCUGACCCCCCCCCCCCCCCCGACCCCCCUCCCCCUUUGCUCGAUGGAUGCUUCCACUUUCGGUUUUCUUUUUAUGCCUUUUUUUCCCCCCCCUCCCCCCCCCUUUUCCAGUGGGGGGGAAACCACCGCCCCCCCCCAAAACAAAACCCACAUUGCCCAAUUUGGGGGGGGGGGGGUCUGGGAUGCGCUCCCUUUGCACUUAACUCACACUACGGAGCCCCCCCCUCCGCGGUGCCCCCCCCCCCCCCACCCCGGUGCAGCGGUGCCUGGAAGGGGCUCUGAGAGUUUGGGGGGGUUUUGUUAUUGUUACCCCCCCCUCCCCUUUUUCCCCUCCCCCCCCCCCCCCCUCCUCCCCAACGUCAGAACUUCUCGUGUGCAAUUCUCAAUGCGUUGUGGGGCUGUGGGGCCCCCCCGAACCCCCCCCCCCUCUGUCCCAUAAGCACUUAAACCCAAGGGGGGGUGGGGGGGUUGUUUGGGAACGGCGCAGCGUCGUGGCGGAUCUCUCGAUAUACAUAUAUCUAUUUUUGGUGUUUUGGUCGGUUUUGCUCCCAUUGAGAUGAUUCCCCCCCCCCCCCCCCCACAGCCCCCCCCCCGACAGCCCUCGGGCCGUUGGGCUUUGGCCCAAAUUCCUCCUUUUUUGCCCCAAUCCCUCAUUGGUACCCAAACCUCACCGUCUGUUCCCCCAUUUCCUCCUUUUCCUGAACCCACUUUUCCCAAAUUCCUCCUUUUUCGCCCCAAAUCUCUCCAUUUUUGCCCCCAAAUCCCUCAUUUCCCCCCAAUUCCUCCAUUCCUUCCCCAAAUCUCUUUGUUUUUGCCCUGAAAUCCCUCCUUUUUUGCCCCAAAUCUCUCCUUUUCCCCAAACCUCUGUCCCAAAUCUCCUUUUAUUGCCCCAAAUCCUUCCUUUCUUCCCCCAAAUCUCUCCAUUUUUACCCCAAACCCCUCCUUAUCCCCAAACCUCUGUCACCAAAUCUCUCUCUUUUUUGCCCCAAAUCCUUUUUUUGCCCCAAAAUCCCUCCUUUUACCCAAAUUCCUCCUUUUCUUA